CUGUCUCGGACAUUUCUUAUCGCGACGAAAAGCCACAAACGCAGAUCCUUAAAUCCCUCUGAAAUCUCUGCGUCUCUUUCUGUCUCUCGAUCAUUUGAGACCCAAACUCUAUAAAAGACGCACAAAUUCGAAAAUUUCCCUCUUUGUUUUCCGAUUUGCUCUCUCGCUGAUUUUCUCCAUCUUUCUCUGCUUCUAUUCUUCUCCUUCCUCCUCUCGAAACCCUAGAUUCUACAAAGGAUCAUAAUUGAUCGUCGUGAUCGCUCCGUAGCUAAAACUCGGCGGAGAAUAAGCGUCGCUCUUUUGUGUUUCCCGGCGGGUAAAAGGGCUUUGUAGAUUUGAUUUUGGGAAACUUGGAUUCUCAUCUUUUUUUUUUUGGGGUGAGAGAUUGGAGUUAGGGUUGAUCUGAGAGAGGAAGAGAAUUUGCAAUUCAUAGGAUUUAGCUGCAGAAGCAGAAACUCAGGAUUAUUUUGGUUCGUAGAAGAAAACCCUUUGCUCUCGUCAAUUUUUGUUAGAUUUGGGGAUAUUUGUGAGAUUUGAGGAGUAGACAGUCCGUUGAUGGCUGAACAAGGUGGCUUGGAAGGUAACCAACCUGUUGAUCUUACUAAGCAUCCCUCAGGCAUCGUUCCCACCCUGCAGAAUAUUGUGUCAACAGUUAACUUAGAUUGCAAAUUGGAGUUAAAGCAAAUUGCUUUGCAGGCUCGUAAUGCAGAGUAUAACCCCAAGCGUUUUGCUGCUGUGAUUAUGAGGAUCAGGGAACCAAAAACUACAGCUCUGAUUUUUGCUUCAGGGAAGAUGGUUUGCACGGGUGCAAAGAGCGAGCAGCAGUCAAAACUUGCCGCUAGGAAGUAUGCUCGGAUCAUCCAGAAGCUUGGGUUUCCAGCUAAAUUUAAGGACUUUAAGAUCCAAAAUAUUGUCGGAUCCUGUGACGUUAAGUUCCCUAUCAGGCUGGAAGGUCUCGCUUACUCCCAUGGUGCUUUCUCAAGUUAUGAACCAGAACUCUUUCCAGGCCUUAUUUAUCGAAUGAAGCAACCAAAGAUUGUGCUUCUCAUAUUCGUCUCGGGUAAGAUUGUGAUAACCGGGGCCAAGGUGAGGGAUGACACAUACACAGCGUUUGAGAAUAUAUACCCUGUGCUUACAGAAUUCAGAAAGGUCCAGCAAUGAUCCGUGAGCGACUUUUUCCGGCUUCUGGGUCUUUCCGGGUUUGUAGCGUUUGCUGUAUCCGAAACAACGAGUGUAGUCACCUUUAUAUCGCCCUUUUGUGUAAUUAUGGAUUGUGGGAUCGGGGAAAAAGAGAAGCUGAAACUGAAUCUUCAUUUGGGGGGAACACUCCCAUUUUGUUUAGACCUUUUGAACGGUCACGUUUUUCUGGCUCUCUCAGGUUUUGCAACUUUCCGAAUUGGUUUCCAGACAAAAUGGUCUUUCUGUCCUGUUCUGUAAGAACUAUAAGACUUUUGUAUUGUAAUGUCUAAGACAAAGUGAACCUUUUGAACA